ACAUGCAUCGCGAAUGGAUUAACCGGUAUACGCAUUGUGCUAUCUGAGGUUUUUCACAUCUGUCUCAAUUCUUGUGAUUGUGUGGCACUAAUCGGCACUGUGCUUCAUGGAUUGGUCUUCGCCACGCAUAUGUUAUUUAUAAAUAACAGAACUCAAUCGAAUAUCAAGAUGUGGAUUUUUAUAUUUCUGUAUUCGUUACUUAUAACUUCAAGUCACACGCUAGCUGAUAAAAAAAUUAACAAAUAUGUGACCACUUUAAUCAACGCUAAGUGGAACGAUACUCCUCUUGUACUGGAAGUGGCUGAGUAUCUUAACGAUGAAAAUUCAAAUUACUUUUGGAGUUUUAUAGACAAAGUAUCGAAUAGAACAGAUGAUCUGGCAAACAGUGCAACUGAAAGAGAGCGAUAUAACAUAUUAAUGGAAAUCGUCAGUGAUUUUUUAUCACCGGCAGAAUUAGCAGUUCUAAAACUGGGACUUUCAUUACGCAUUUAUUCGGCAAGAAUAGAAAUGUUUUCUCAAAUGGCUCAGAACAGAAAUGCUUCCGGUUUGGGAUGCAAUAAUGUAUUUGACGUUGGUGGGAAGUUCACGUGUUCAUUGGAUGAAUUGGAGAAGCUAAUUGAAGAAGACGAGUGGCCUCAAGCUGUUACAUACAGCGUGGAUCAUUACUAUUUAGGAAAACAAAAUUCUAAUAGACUUGUCGUACUUUAUGGAGAACUGGGUACCCCUGAAUUUGUUGAAUAUCACGAAAGAUUAAAAACUCUUGUGAAAACCAAAAAUAUUGGUUACAUCCUUCGCCAUUAUGUUAAAGACAGAUUGGAUAGAAAGCUUCGUCUCUCGGGAUAUGGUGUCGAACUUCAAAUGAAAUCUACAGAAUACAAAGCCACCGAUGAUACGGAUAUCAAGGAUAAUUCAGGAAAAGAUGCAGAAUCUGUAAAUGAUGGUGUCGAUGAAUUAGAUGGGAUUAAUUUUGCUAUUCUAAAAAAUUUGUAUCCAGAUAAAAGAACGGAAUUAGAUCAGUUGCAAACGCACCUACUUGAAACGAGUCAUGAAAUAGGAGCGCUGAAAGUAUGGCAGUUUCAGGAAUUGAGUCAUCAAGCUGCGGAGAGAAUAAUGAAUUCUCCUGUCGAUGAGGCUAUUAAAGCCCUUAUUGAUAUUUCUCAGAAUUUUCCUAUGCAGGCAAAGUCUCUAAUAAAAACUAAGGUGAGUGGUGACAUGAAAAAAGAGAUGAAAUUGAAUCAAGAAUUAUUCUCUGCGAGCUUAAGUAUUCAACCAACCGAUACCGCUCUUUUUAUUAAUGGAUUAUUCUUUGAUUUGGAUGCCAUUGAUAUACUAACUCUAUUAGAAGCCUUACGGAGUGAACUUCGCAUAAUGGAAGCUCUUCAUAAGAUCGGUUUUAACAGUAAAAAAAUGGGCAAACUAUUAGCGUUAGAUUUGUCCAGUGGUGCGGAUGGCCAAGAUUUUGCAAUAGAUAUAAGAGAUUCCGCAAUCAUAUGGAUAAAUGAUAUUGAGAAUGAUGCUCGUUACAGCAGAUGGUCACCGUACCUAAACGAGUUAUUAAGACCAACAUUUCCCGGCACUCUUCGAAAUAUCAGAAGGAAUAUGUACAAUUUAGUAUUAAUUAUUGAUCCAUUAAGUGAAACUUCCACGGCUCUCGUUUCAUUGAUGGAAUCUUUGUAUUUACACACAACGCCGUUACGUUUGGGAUUUAUGUUCAUAACAAAUUAUGAUCCAUCGGUGACUGGUUUGUCGGAUCCCAGUGUUGCAGUUAAUAAUGCAUUUCAUUAUUUUUUGGAGACAAGAGGUCCUAAGGAUGCACUUAACUUUCUGAUAGAUGUAGGUGGUUUUAUUGGAAAAGAUGGUCUUGGGGUAAGCGACGUGAAAAAAGCAAUCAAGACUCGUGAUCCUUCCGCUAAUGUAAAUUAUAUCCUUGGCGAAGAGUCGGAAUAUGAUGUGGGUCGUCACCUAGCCAGUGAUUUUGUAAAGCGGACAGGCUUUAAAACCUUUCCACAAGCUCUGCUGAACGGUAUGCCUUUACCACCGGAUCAAUUGAAUGCAGAGUCCUUCGAAGAAGCUGUCCUGUCAACUAUUAUGUCGCAAAUCCCAAUGAUGCAUAAAGCGGUUAUUCGGGGGGAAAUAACCGAAGGGGAUGACAUAAUUGAUUUCAUCAUGAAUCAGCCUAAUGUCAUGCCACGGUUAAACGAACGAGUUCUGCGAGUUGAGAAAAGUACGUGGUUGAAUCUGAUCGGGAAAGCUCCUAAGGAUGAAGAUUUCACAAAAUGGGGUGCUCAAGAUGCUUUCACAUGGCUGAUGGACAAAAUGCAUUAUUUAUAUGUUCCACGUCGUAGCAGUUUGCAUCAUUUGUAUUCCUUUUGGAUUGCUGUCGAUUUAAACAAACCGUCGGGGAGAGAGCUGCUACUUGAAGCACUUGAAUUUUUGAAAUCGAAUACAGAUGUUCGAGUUACAAUAUUAGUAAAUAAUGAACCCCAUCAAGAUUUUGGGCAGGACAUUAAUAAAAUAGCUAUCGCUGCUUUGAGUGCAUUGCCAGUAGAAAAGAGUGUCGAUUAUGUAAACCAAUUAAUUAUUGAAGAUAAUGUCAAACUAAUUCAACAGGGUAGCUUUGUCAUUCAGGAUGAAGCAGUGCAAAAUCAAAUGAAAGAACAAGACCUUGUGCUCGCAGUGCACAGACAUUAUGCCAGAAAUGUUCUUAAUCUCGAAAGUGGUGCCCGAGCAAUUGUAUGCAACGGUCGAGUUAUUGGUCCUUUGGACGAAGAUGAGAUUUUUACCACCGAAGAUUUCUCUCUUUUAGAAAGGUUUAGCCAAAGUACCUACGGUGACAAAUUGUUUAAAAAUUUAAUCAAAAGUCGUCUGUUUAAUGACAUCGAAGACGAUGAUGAUGAUGAAUAUGAGAAAAGUGAUGUGACAGAUGACAUGAUUAUGAAGAUUUCUUCUUUAUUGGUGCCUCGGCCACAAACUCGACGUCGUUUCGACGUUCCUUUUCAUGGAGAUGAACAUAGUGCAAUUAAAAUUCCUGCAUCGGAUUCUGAUGGCGUAGCGUUCAAUCUCGUAGCCAUUGUUGAUCCUGUAUCGCGUGGUGCUCAAAAAUUGGGACCCAUAUUGAACACUUUACAACAAUCGUUAAACUGUGAGAUUAAGGUGUUUUUAAAUUGUUUAGAAAAGAACAGUGAUAUGCCAUUGAAGAGUUUCUAUCGUUUUGUUAUCGAACCAGAACUACAAUUUAGUCCGGAGGGCGAUUUAGCCGAAGCGAUUGUCAGGUUUACAAAAUUGCCAACUUCUUCGUUAUUGACGCAAUAUAUUCACGCACCAGAAAAUUGGUUGGUAGAAGUCGUAAAAAGCGUUUACGAUCUGGAUAAUAUUAAGCUUGAUAAUGUCGCAAUGGGUGUACACAGUGAAUUUGAAUUGGAGUAUCUACUUCUCGAGGGUCAUUGCUUCGAAGCAGUAAUGGGUAAUCCACCAAGGGGAUUACAAAUUACUCUGGGCACGGAGAUUCAACCAGUUAUGGUUGAUACAAUCGUGAUGGUUAAUUUGGGAUAUUUCCAAUUGAAAGCCAAUCCAGGGGAAUGGAUAUUAAGACUUCGGCAAGGUAGAUCUGCUGAGAUAUACGAUAUCUCUAGUGUGGACGGCCAAGAUGUGAUUCAACAAGAAAACGAAGUUAAAGUUCUGAUAAGUUCAUUGAGAAGUCAUGUGCUCAAAUUAAAAGUGUCCAAAAAGCCAGACAAGAUCGGAAUGGAUCUUCUGUCCGAUGAUGACCAGAAUUCUGGGAUUUGGAAUUCGAUUUCCAGCUUUUCCAUAUUUUGGACAUUUACUGCCACCGAUGAGCCUAAGGAUCAAGACGAUAAGCUGAAUAUCUUUUCUCUUGCCUCCGGCCAUUUAUAUGAAAGAUUUCUGAAGAUUAUGAUGCUCAGUGUCAUUAAGCAUACGAAGACUCCUGUUAAAUUCUGGUUUUUGAAAAAUUAUCUAUCGCCCACGUUGAAGGGCUUUCUACCGCAUAUGGCGAAAGAAUACGGUUUUGAAUAUGAACUUGUUCAGUACAAGUGGCCUCGAUGGCUACACCAGCAAUCGGAGAAGCAAAGAACCAUCUGGGGGUACAAAAUUCUAUUCCUGGAUGUAUUGUUUCCACUGGAUGUGAAGAAGAUUAUUUUCGUCGAUGCCGAUCAGGUUGUACGAGCAGAUUUGAAAGAAUUAGCUACGCUAGAUCUUGAAGGUGCUCCUUACGCAUAUACACCAUUCUGUGAUAGUAGGAAAGAAAUGGAUGGAUUCAGGUUUUGGAAACAAGGGUACUGGAGGAAUCAUUUACAAGGACGUUCUUAUCACAUUAGUGCACUUUAUGUGGUCGAUCUGAAACGUUUUCGACGUAUCGCUGCUGGUGAUCGUCUUAGGGGUCAAUAUCAAGCACUAAGUCAAGAUCCGAACAGUCUGUCAAAUCUCGAUCAAGAUCUACCUAAUAACAUGAUUCAUCAAGUAGCCAUCAAAACUUUGCCUCAAGAGUGGUUAUGGUGCGAAACAUGGUGCAACGAUGAGUCGAAGGAAUACGCGAAAACCAUCGAUUUGUGUAACAAUCCAAUGACCAAGGAAGCCAAGUUACAAGCUGCUAUGCGAAUUUUGCCAGAGUGGGUUGGAUAUGACGAGGAGAUCAAAGCGUUGCAACAGAAAAUAGAGAAUGAUAAUCGGCAGGCAGAAAAGGAAGUCGAAGAACUUGUCAACGAUUCUGCCAAGCACGAAGAAUUAUGAGACGUUCCUGGUGCACUGUGAUGAAUGUAUUUCUACGCUCGUCUUGGAAUCUAUUGAGGAAUUUUUGUAUAGUCAUCAGUUUCUAGCGGAAAAUCUCGAGGAUGUUUCAACGUAAAUGUUGAGAUGCCAAAGCCUCCUUAUCCUUAAGGCGAUAAGAAAGGGUCAUUCUAUAUACAUAGAAUAUAAAAAUAUUUAGAAAAUCCUUUCUCCAAACUGAGAACGCGUUCUUAGGGCCUUCAUAAUCACGUGUUAAAGCUCCAAAUGAUUCGGUGCACCCAGUUUGGAGAAAUGUUUUAUAAAUAUUUUGAGGUCUUAUGUAUGUAAAAGGACCCUUUCAUGUCGCCUUAAGAUCACGAGGAGUCGAACACCUCUUUGCAGCACGUAAUCCCGUAGAGCGCUAUGAAACCUGGACAUUCUGAGAAACAAGUGAUGUUAACGUUAAGCAGGGUUAAGCUAAGUAUUCAUCGGGGGCGUUAAUAGUGUCAGUGGUCCCGUUAUAACGGACGCAUAAUUCGUGUCUUGUCGCCGUCAUGAGUUUAUGAAAACGCGAAGGGUGAUAUAGAAGAGCAUUAUACCUAUAAGUAAUAAACCCGUAAUAUUUGUAUAAA